GAAAGGGGCAAUUCUAUAGAUUGAAAACGAGGUUCAAAAUGGCGGACAGCUGGGAAUUUUUCCGAGGGGAAGAUUUUUAAUAAAAGUUUGAACUUCUGUGUUCUUUAUCAACAAUUGUGAGCUAAAAUAUCAGUAUCAUGGUUGUUCAAGAGCCGGUCCAGGCUGCAAUAUGGCAGUGUUUGAACCAUUAUGCCUACUCUGAUGCAAUCUUCCUAGCGGAGCGUCUCCAUGCCGAAGUUGGAUCUGAUGAGGCGCUGUUCCUACUGGCGACGUGCUACUACCGGGCUGGCAAAGGCAACAGGGCCUACUCACUACUACAGAUGAAAGGAUGCCCGACUCCGCAAUGCCGCUACCUCAUGGCAAGAUGCUGCCUGGAUUUAGACAAAUUGGCGGAGGGAGAGGCAGCCCUGGUCGGCAGUGCUACGCUCAAGCCUCACUCUUGCGAGGAGAUCAAGACAGAGUUUGCCGACGCCGCCUCCUUUGCGUUAGCGCUCUUGGCCAGAAUAUGCAGUAAAACCGAGAGGAAGUCACGGGCGUCAGAAUCACUCCGGCAGAGUCUUAAGCUGAACCCCUUCCUCUGGUCAUCCUUCGCAGACCUCUGUAAUCUCGGGGAGAAGCCAGACCCAAGCAAAGUGUUCCAGAUGGCGUCGGUGCCGGACCUACCCACACCACAGCAAGACCUGUACCCCAUCAUAGACACUGAGAACAUGUCGGUCAACCAUCAGCAGCCUCCCACGUCAGACUCGCCCACCAUUCUGGACACGCCGCAGGACAACUCCAACUUCAAUGUACAGCUCUCGGGGAUCAAGCCCCUCUCCAACGUCUUCACCCCGGACCAGCAGCAGGCUGACCUCCACCACUCACCGAUGGACACAGGUCUCUGCUUGCUGCUACCCCCGCCUGCCCCCACCGGGCCCAUCAGCUCCGCCAGGUUCCAGAGAACCAGACCCCGGGUCGGCAGGAAUCUCCUGGGAGGGCCGGUCUCUGUCAGCCCCCUCACGCCCAGUUUUGGGGUGUUACCUGUUGACACUCCGAGCCCUGGGGAGACCAUGAGCACCGCCUACAUCACACCGUCCCCAACCAUGUUGGACAGCCAGGCAGUUGACAUUAGGGCACCUCAGAAACGGGGUAUAUCAAGGAGAUCACAGCUCACUAAGCCAGCUGUCUUCAGCCAAUCAGGCAACUCCAGUAACACCAACACCAAGGAACCAAGUUCGAUGCUGCUCAACCAGAACUCCAGCCCACAACCCAGUGCGGCUCAGGUCUUGUUCCCAACUACCCAGGGAGUGCGGAGGAGCUCUAGACUAUUCUCCAACAAUUCAGUCAAGGAAAAUGCUACCAAGAAAACCACGACACGAAGCAAGAUCGGCUCACCUCGAUGCCCCAAGGGCAAGACGAAAGGUAAAAGCAGCCGGGCGUCCACCAUCACGCAGCCCCCGGACUCGGAGGACUUGAUCAAACCGGACAAUUACAGGACGUUGGAGUCUAAGGCAGCCUACGCCGCCGCCUCGCAGCAGCAACAGCUGAUGAACUUCCAGAAAGCCUCCACUGAGGGCCUGCUCGCGCUCCUACGAGAGAUCGGCAAGGCCUACCUUGCGCUGAGCCAGUACGACAGCCGCAAGGCCAUCACUUACUUCUCCAGCCUACCACCGCAGCACUACAACACGGGCUGGGUCUUAUCUCAGGUGGGCCGGGCCCGGUACGAGCUGGCUGAAUACCAGAAGGCAGAGCGGCUGUUCUCAGAGGUCCGUCGGCUGGAGCCAUAUCACCUAGAAGGCACGGAGUACUACUCCACGGCUCUCUGGCAUCUACACAGGGAGGUGGCGCUGUCCACCUUAGCUCAGGAACUCAGCAAUUUUGAGACGGAGUCGCCCGAGGCCUGGUGUGCGACAGGCAACUGCUUCAGUCUACAGAAGGAACAUGACAUGGCCAUCAAGUUCUUCCAGCGAGCAGUCCAGGUGGAUCCCCAGUUUGCCUAUGCCUACACGUUACUGGGUCACGAGUACGUCGCAACAGAGGAACUGGAUAAGGCUAUGUCCUGCUACCGUACAGCGAUCAGGAUAAACACUAGGCACUACAAUGCAUGGUAUGGCGUUGGUAUGAUAUACUACAAACAGGAGAAGUUUGCCCUAGCCGAGAUGCAUUACCGCAAAGCCCUGGCCAUCAACCCCCAGAGCUCCGUCCUACUUUGUCACAUAGGAGUGGUACAGCAUGCGCAGCACAAAUCACAGCAGGCCCUACAGACUCUGAACCGGGCCAUCGCCAUGGACCCUAACAACCCUCUAUGCAAGUUCCACCGAGCCUCCAUCUACUUUGCCACGGAGCGCUACCAGGAGGCCCUACAGGAGCUGGAGGAGCUGAAGCAGAUCAUACCCAAGGAGUCCCUGGUCUACUUCAUCAUGGGAAAGGUGUAUAAGAAGUGUGGCCAGACUCACUUGGCUCUGGCCAACUUUUCCUGGGCGGUGGACUUGGACCCUAAGGGCGCCAACAACCAGAUCAAGGAGGCCUUGGACAAGAGGUAUCUACCAGACGAUGAUGACCCGACGGCCGACGCGCUGGCUGAUCAUGGGCCUAGCGAUGCUGACACCGGGGACAGCGACGCAGUGGGCGAGGGUGAUGUGUCACAAGAGGGCGCUGUUGAAGUCGACGACAUGCAACUCCAAGCUAAUGAGAGUGACGAGAGUUUAUGAUCCGAGCUCGGAUACUGACAGUAACGUCCCAAAACAAAUAUCACUGUGAACCCAACUAGAUGUCCAGUUGGUCGUUGCGUAGUGAUUUUUUUAGGCAAUGCCGAAGCCACAUUGGCUUCAAGUACAAACAUGUUAGGAGAGCUUAGAGUGAGAUUUGGGUAAAAAAUAAAAAAGAUAGGCUGGUGCCUAAAAUGUAAUGAUUGACUACACAGUGAUGCAUACAUGGCCCCAGGGAACCAGACAGUAAUGGCCGCAUGUGAGUGUAGAUCCCACUUCUGACACCAAAUUGGAGCCCUGACUUGCAGAUGGGAAAGAUGUGCGUAGAAUUAGACUAUUUUUGCUUACAGCAUGCCAAAUUUGUUAACUCUACCAGUCCAGUUGAAGUUUGUACAUGGGGCUGUCCUGAUUAUCAGUGUACUGAGUAUUCAAUUUUGGAUCAUCAGCCGAAUAUUUAAAUGCUUUUUGCUGGUUUUGAAUAGUCGAAAAAAUAAAGUACAGGCAUGGUUCCCAUCCUUUUAGCAGGUUAAAGUCUUUGUCAUAAAACACUUACUACAAAAUACUCCAGUGGCCUAUAAUAUCGAUCGCUGCACGCAAAUUUUUAACCGGCGCGCUUUGCGUGCAACUUUUGACCAGCGUGGCACCCAGUUGCAGCUGGCGGUUCUGAAUAUUCGAGUAUAUGGUCAAACGCAAUUUCAAAUAAUCCAAUACCAAAUUAUUACAAAAAGGACAGCCCUUUUUUACAGGCGAUGUUUGCCAGGUUAGUUGAGUACAGUGUGCUUAGCUCGGAAGGUUUGCGCUCAUAAAUACCGAGAUUCCUUACUUGUGAAGUGUGUAUGUGGAGGGUUGGUUUUGCUCGCCUCAUACCGUGAAAAGUUCAAUAUUUUUGUACUGUGUUCUUUGUUUCUUCUUCAGGUCAUCUAUUCGUAGGUUUGUAUCAUCGAGCAUACUGUGCAAUCUAAUGCAAAUGUAAAAAAAAAAAAAAUACUCAUGCAUAUGCCUUGUUAGCUCUGUACCACAUUAAACUGCAUCAGCCAGUGAAAAAUGUAGUUUGUGAACGUCGGAUGCAAUUAUGCCAAAGUUGCUUGAAUUAUCAGCCCACUUAACA